AAAAAAUCAUCUAUCAGGAAGGAAAUCAGAGGAUUUUAAUCGGACAGUGAAGCAACACAAGGAUUCAAUGGCAAGGCGUCGAAAAUCAAGCAAAGGCGAAACACCAAAGGCGGAGAAGGUAGAGACAGUACUUUCAUCGGCGAAGAAAGAUACGAGCUUAAAGAAACAUACGCGUGAGAUGAAGGAGAAGAAGAGCAAGUACGAUCCAGUGGGUGAGAGUCCUUUGAGAUCCAUUUUUUGUUUGAAAAAGAUGGUCGACAUGAAGCGUGCUGAGGAGACUGAGGAUUGCUUUAUCCUUGAUUUUAACCCUUUCAAUCCCAUUGACAUUGCCAAGCUUUCCGCCGCCAACGACGGCGAUGUUGACGAUGAACUCUCCAUGGUCGCCGAGCGUGGCCAGGUGGCCUGCAGAGAUUAUCCACACUCAAGGCAUCUUUGUCUGCAAUUUCCAUUCGAUACUACACCUCAUGACAAACAUUGUGACCUGUGUUACUGUUAUGUUUGUGAUUCUGCUGCUCCUUGUGAGUGUUGGACGACACAUUGCCAUGCCUCGGAGCAUGUCAAAAACUGGAGAUCUCAACGCCGUGUCAGGACUCGAUAGGUUCGGCUUCGUACCUUUCCUGCCAUGUCGGAAAAUCGAAUCCCGAACUCAUGCUUAUAGGUCGGAUUCUACCGGAUUUUGCUAACAAUUAUCUUCUUUUUUGGAUCAGAUAAGGAUGUAUAGAAUAGUUUUCAAGUAACUUUGAAUGAAGGGGAUUUCAUUGCUGAAUUGGGGGUUAAAGAUGUUGUCUUUGCUUUACGGUUGCUUACUGCUAUAAGCA